AUGCUCGUUGCGCGCCUGCCCAUCCUGCGCCGCAGCGCAGCACGGCUCCCGACGAAGCCCACGCGAUGCUUUGGCUCGCUGGCUGAGCAGCUGCAGCGCCCGGGCGCUCAAGUGCAUGCUUUCGUCUCUCGGUCGCGCGACCCGUACGUCAACCUGUCCAUCGAACACUACCUGCUGCAGAAGUCGGCCCACGACUCGGUCGUGCUCUUUCUGUACACCAACCGCCCGUGCAUCGUCAUCGGCCGCAACCAGAACCCUUGGCUGGAGGUGAACCUGGGCCUGCUGCGCGGUGGCGCCGUCGACCUGGUGCGCCGACGCUCUGGCGGCGGCACCGUCUUCCACGAUGAGGGCAACGUCAACUGGUCCGUCAUCUCGCCGCCCGCCCACUUCACCCGCGACAAGCAUGCCGAAAUGGUGGUGCGCGCCCUGAGGCAGCUGGGAGUCGAACGAGCCAGAGUCAAUGAGCGUCACGACCUCGUGCUGGACCAAGGUCCGCGCUCUGCGAACCCCGUCGCCGCCGACAACACGCACCGCACGCCCUUCACCACGGAUGACCCGGCCGGCCCACGCCCGCUGAAGGUCUCAGGCUCAGCGUACAAGCUUGUCCGCGGCAGAGCGCUGCACCACGGCACGUGCCUGCUCGCCUCGCCCAAUCUUGCCAUCAUCCCCCAGUACCUACGUUCGCCCGCAAAGCCCUACAUCAAGGCCCUCGGCGUGGAAAGCGUCAGCUCACCCGUCUCCAACAUUGGUAUUGCGAACCAAGACUUUGUCCGUGUUGUCCAGCACGAGUUCAGCCGCAUGUACGGCAUUCCUUCCGCCGGCCCGAGAGCCAUUGAACUUGGGGAGCAGCAGCUCGAGCUUCCGGAGCUGCGGAAAGGUUGCGAGGAAAUGAAGACUCUUGACUGGACCUAUCUUCAAACGCCGAAAUUCACUUUCUCUGUCCCUGCCCAAAUUCAAGUCCCGGAUGCAGCCCCGAGCGCACUCCCUGCUGGUCUUCCCCUGUCGAUGAAGUGUCAUGAGCGCUAA